GAGUGGCGAGGCCAGUGCGCAGACGGUGCCAGUCCGAGGUGCUAGUGUUGGAACGAGCAACUUAUGACGACUGCAACUCUGUUACUAUACUAUGUCCUUAUAUAAAAAUAAUAAAUAUAAUAAUACGUUGAUUUCCGGCUGUUUGAACCAUUAUUCUCAUCAUGAAGAUCAAAUCUGAACUGCUGGUGCAGCCGACGGGGGAGCUGUGGAAGCAGAUCCGGGUUGAACUGAACGAGGACGUCGCCAACAACGCCCGGGACCUCGCCGCCAUCAAGGACUGGCUGAAGAAGCAGCCGCAUCUGCCUGAUGACUGGGACGACCAGCCGCUCAUGACGUUCCUCCGUGGCUGCAGCUUCUCGCUGGAGAAGUGCAAGCGGAAGCUGGACAUGUACUUCACCAUGAGAGCCGCCUGCCCGGAGUUCUUCACCAAUCGUGACGUCACCAGCAUCGAGCUGAAAGAUGUCAUCAAGAGCAAGCUACAAGGUCCACCUCUGCCCGGGAUUACACCAAAUGGAAGAAGAGUCACAAUAUGCAGAGGUCUCGCACCUUCCAUGACGGCGCAGCAGAUCAACGACACGCUGAAGCUGGCGCUGAUGAUUGGUGACGUCCGCCUGAUAGAGGAGAGGGAGGGAGUCGCUGGAGACAUCUACGUGCUGGACGGCACCAUGCUCGGGCCCAGCCUGCUCGGACGUUUGUCCCCUACCGUUAUCAAGAAGUUCAUGAUAUGUGUUCAGGAAGCGUACCCCGUGAAACUGAAGGAGGUCCACGUCAUAAACACGUCGCCCAUCGUGGAGAGACUCGUCAACUUCGUCAAACCAUACCUCAAGGAGAAGAUCAGGAAACGCAUAUUCAUUCACAAGGAGGUGAAGGACCUAUACAAGUACGUGCCUCAGGAGAUGCUGCCGGAGGAGUAUGGCGGACAGUGCGGCACCAUGGACGCACUUCAAGAAAAGUGGACCCAGAAGCUGGCGGAGUACCGGGAUUGGUUCGCCGCGCAAGACAAGCUGAUCGCCAACGAAGCCCUGCGGCCGGGGAAGCCCACCAACUUCGACGAGCUAUUGGGCAUCGACGGCUCCUUCCGACAGCUCACUAUAGAUUGAUAGCUUACCUCGAGUUAAUGUGAUAGUUAUGGGUUUAAUAAUAUAAGGUUCUGUUAUUGAGAGCCUUUCAGCUUUUACACUUCUUGAACCAAAUAGCUAUGGAAAUUCAUUUAUGUUAAGUAUAUUUUAAACCGGUUUCAAUAUACAUUGCAUUUGAGUAAACAUAAUAUUGCCUUAUGAGAAAUGCGUUGUGACUUGUGAUAAAGGCGUAGCUGCACAUCGAACGAGAUGUAUAGAAGAAUGUGUCAAGAUAUAUUCCCUCAUUUAUUCCGUCGUCUCAAAGUUUUGACCUUUGAAAACCUCAUCUUAUAAUAUUAAAUUUUGAUAAAUUUACAGUUUUACAAAGAAACGCUUUUACCGCCUACAUGUUAUGAAUAGCAAAAUUGAUCUGUUUUAAAGCAGUUUUUUUAAGAUAUCUGUGAAUCCAUAAUAGCUAUAUUUUAAGCAGAGCAACUUGUGAUAAAUAUUUAACGUCCACUUACAGCUCAAUUAUUACUUAAGUUUUAGUUAAUUGUAAAGGGCAGAAAUGCAUAUGAAACGUAUUUUAUGAAGUUUCUGAGGGCCAGGUCACAUCGAAAGGAGACGAGACGAAAUAUAAUAAUGCGAAAUAUACUCUAUUUGACAUUUUUCGGUGUAAGUAUAAUGUAUUUUCGCACCACAAACACAAAUUAUACAAUGCACAGAAUUUGCAUGGUAUAUGAUUCAGGAUCUUUUAAAUACAACCGUUCCUGUAAUUAACAAAUAAACUUGUUCUCUUAAAAGGGAAAGUAUUUAAGAGUAAAAGUUUUAAGUUCCGUUGUGAAGUCCGGUUUAGGACAUUCUUAUGACUGGAUUUGAGUUGCUACCGAGAGUAUUUCUGCCCAUGUCAGUAUGUAUAAGUAUUAAGUAGUUUACUUUUCUAAUAAAUAAGUUUAUCGAAUAUUUAA